AUGGGUCGCCUCACCAAAUAUUCGCCACGGACGCGAUCUCGGAUUUUGGUAAUCCGCGAUCGCAUCUUCAAGGCGAUGAGGCAAGAGCGGAUGGCGAUCUUGGCAGGCAGCUACCCACGCACGGAAGAAGUCUCAGGAAUUAGGGGAAGCAGGCUUGAUGCAUUCACAGGAGGGAAGUGAACGCUUCAAGCCUGCUUCGUAGGGGAAAUGUCUAAUCUUUCUUGGUUCUCGAUUGCGACUAUUUAUCGCUAUUUCUUGGGCCGCAUUGACGGGACUCCAGAGGAGAAAAAGCCGGACGAGAUGCGCCUCGCGAUGCUCGAGGUUUAUGGUGCUCGGCUUGCCUUGUUUGAGUCUCUCCCCGGCUUCUUCUCCUGCUUCUACUUGCGUAGGGAUUGCCUCCUGCCUAUUGGUUUCGCCUUCUAUUCUAAUCCAUGCUGCACUCGGAUGCGGUUGCCGUGCACCAGCGCUGGCACCGCUUAAAACAGCAACCAGAGCAGACGCCAGAGAAGGAGGGGGAGUACCGCGACAGCCACGUGGCUCUCCGUUAGCUCUUUGGAGGUAUUUCUGGGAAGGUUUUGGCAUAUUUACAAGCUUUGCCGUCGCUCUUGGCUCGAGCUGCUGCCCGUCGCCGCGUGGAGGGUUUCGAGAGGAGGGCCGUGACAAAUUUAGAGAAGACCCCGCAACGCCACCGCCAGGCUAUUCAGUUGGAAAAAACUGCAAAACGCGUUGCAAAGUGUCGAGGUACCACAACAGCCGCGAAGGGAGUCCUCGUUGAAGGAGUGCCGCCUCGGAAAUGCAUGGACUUAUCCGCCUCAUGGGGAAUUUUAUUAACUUUUAAUGCUAUAUUUUUUCACUCAAGUAAUUUUUUUUAUGUUCAGAAGUUUAAAUUUUUCAAAAAAUCCGCGAG